CAGCGAUGUACAGCGGCAUAUGCAUCUGCGUGUUCCUUGCUGUGCUCUCAGCCAGCUCUUUCGGGCAGCAAACCGUGGGCUCGCGCAAUGGGAAUCCGCUGGCUGCUGAGCUCGAGCGGAGCCUGACAGAAAACCACCGGCACGUCCGCGCCCCCUCGUCGGCCGGCCCGCUGAAAUCGGUGCCGCGGCUGGAUGGAAACAUUGACCAAAGGGCUAACCUCGGCGCCUUGUUGGCCAAGUAUCUCCAGCAAGCCAGAAAAGGUCCCGCUGGAAGGUUCUCAGUUAUGGGGAACAGGGUACAGAGCAUUGAUCCUACGCACAGGAUAAAUGACAGAGACUACAUGGGCUGGAUGGAUUUUGGACGCCGCAGUGCUGAAGAAUACGAGUACUCUUCCUAAACAACAGCAAACUAUAGCAACAGGAAAAAAAAAAAGAAUCACACUCCCAUGUCUGUACAGAAAGAGAAAGAUUAAUUUGUUGUCCUCUUCAAAUCAGUGUUUUAAACUAUACCAUGUAUUUGAUGUAAAUUUGUCUGUAAGACUAUACAAUGCAAUAUAUACAUAUGCAGAAUUUUCCAGAAAAUGUUUUCUUUCUUUUGUGGUUUCUCAUACAUUGAUAAUGUAUUAAAAUGAUUUCACUUAUCCCUUCCUGUCCUG